UCGGGAGAGAUGUAAGAGCUCCGCGAGUGUCCUAAACGAAUAACUGAGGCGAUUGACGUGAGUUGAAACAAAUCGCAUGUGAUUUUCAGCCAGUCAUUUUGGCACCAGAGCGCACAGUAAGGAAACAUGUGAAACAGUAUUCCAUGCCAUGCUGGAAAUUACUGUCGACGAAAAGGAUGCCGUGUCUUGUUUCUGCAUGACUAAUAUGGAAAAAGACACGUUUUUCGUGUAAUUGUGGGAUGUUUAACGGUUUUUGCACAUUGUCUUCGUGUAUUGGAUAUCGUGGGCGACGGUGCCAGGAAACGUGAUUUUGCAGAGAUUCUUUUGAAUCUGUAGCCAUCACUGAAUAAAUAAACACAUUUCAGGACAGAUUGAUGUGAGGAGCAGACUGGAACCAAUAUUACAUCACACCUGUUACCAGAAAAUCAGCUCCGUCUGGAUCUGAGUGGAACUGCUCCUGAUUCCACCAUCGAACGCCUUCCGUAACCACUGUUGGAACUGUGGCAGCACAUACACCAGGUCAGCCACGGCCCAGAGCCAACACCAAGCCCACCGCCGGCCAGGCUUUGCCACCAGCUCCAGGGGAGGGCAUGCGUCCCCCCACAGCCAUGCCCAGGGAAGCUCCUCUGCCACGGGUAGGAUCAGUGCUCACCUGCCUGCUUCAUGGCUAGACCUCUACAGACGAAGAGCCGGGGGCCUUUCUACUGAGGGCAGAUUCCCUCACUGUACCAUAGCACAUGGAUUUCAGGACUUCAAAUGAAGAGACAAAGACUGGGGUUUAUCUGCUGCAAGAUGGUAACGAGGAGCCUUUCAAUAUUCGACUGCACUUGGCUAAAGACAUUCUGACCAUUCAAGAGCAAGAUGUCAUCUGUGUGUCAGGAGAAGCCUUUUAUUCCAGUGAGAGAACUGUAACGAUCAGAAGACAGACGAUUGGAGGUUUUGGCUUGAGCAUUAAGGGAGGCGCAGAACACAAAAUCCCUGUUGUGAUAUCAAAAAUAUCAAAAGAGCAAAAAGCUGAACUGUCUGGGCUGCUGUUUAUUGGAGAUGGGAUCCUCCAGAUAAAUGGAAUAAAUGUUCGAAGCUAUCGCCACGAGGAAGCGGUGCAGGUUUUGCGAAAUGCCGGAGAGGAAGUUACUCUGACUGUGUCUUUCUUGAAGAAGACACCUGCUUUUCUGAAACUGCCCCUCUGUGAAGAUUGCACAUGUGUUCCAAGUGACCAGAGCAGUGGAACGUCCUCCCCUCUGUGCGACAGUGGCUUACACCUGAACUACCAUCCUAACAAUACGGACUCACUGUCCUGCUCAUCUUGGCCCACGUCCCCUGGGCUCCGCUGGGAGAAGAGAUGGGUGGACCUGCGCCUUAUUCCUCUCCUCCACUCCCGUCUGUCACAGCACAUCCCGGGCUCUGACGUCUGCAGGAAACAUGCAUUUCAAGUCAUAGCUGUGGAUGGGGUUUGCAGUGGGGUUAUCACGUGCCCCACUGCUGAAGAUUGCCUAGAUUGGCUCCAAGCAAUAGCAGCCAAUAUAUCAGCUCUCACCAAGCACAAUGUGAAGAAGAUAAAUAGAAACUUCCCAGUUAAUCAACAGAUUAUCUACAUGGGCUGGGUAGAUGAGAAGGAGCAGGACUCCGGUCAGGACCGAAUGUAUUCACCAAAAUUCCUCGCCUUAAAGGGUUCCUCACUCUUCAAGUUCUCAGCACCUCCUGUGACUACAUGGGACUGGACCAGGGCAGAGAAAAGCUACACCGUGUUCGAGAUCAUGUGUAAAGUUUUGAAGGACAGUGACCUCUUGGACAAGCGGAAGCACUGCUUCAGUGUCCAAACGGAGUGUGGAGAGGACAUGUUCUACAGCGUAGAGCUGGAGUGUGAGCUGCUCAUCUGGGAGAAGGCCUUUCAGAUGGCUACCUUCCUGGAGGUGGAGAGAAUACAGUGUAAAACAUACGCUUGCAUCAUGGAGAGCCACCUGAUGGGGCUGACCGUAGACUUCAGCAUGGGCUUUGUCUGCUUCGAUGCUGCUUCAAAAGCGGUGCUGUGGAGAUACAAAUUCUCCCAACUGAAAGGAUCGUCUGAUGAUGGGAAGAGCAAGAUCAAAUUUCUGUUCCAAAAUCAGGACAAUAAAGCAAUUGAAGCCAAGGAGCUGGAAUUUUCUAACCUCUUUGCCGUGCUGCACUGUAUCCAUGCAUUCUUUGCUGCCAAAGUUGCUUGUCUGGAUCCGAUGUUUGUGGAGAGUCAAGGUGCUGCGACGACCGCUGGGGGGGUUUCCACGCUCACCAGUGUCUCCUGUAAUACACAGACAUCCAGAAUCAAAUACUCCAUCUGACAGAGCCUGCUCAGCCCCUCUCCUUAUCCCUCUCUCCCAAGUCACCCCCUCUCCCCUAAGACACUGCACUUUUACUACAUCAAGGCCUAGAGAGGCAGAGGAGAGACCACAAACGAGUGUGUUAUACUGUAUCCAAAGCCGUCUAAUGAACCAGGACAUGUGAAUCCAACAUUUGAAGUAUUAUUGACAGAACUCUUUUUUCUUCUUCUGAAAGACACAUUUGAUAUUUCAUCAGAGAAAAAGGAAGCUAGUUGUGUGAUCCUUUUGACCAGUACAUUGUACUGUACUUCGAAGAACAUUGUAACACCAAGGAGUGAGUGCAGAACCAAUGGACGUAGAAUUGAUGGAUGGAUGAUUAUAAACAUUCUGAAUUCAGUUAUUCGUCUUUGGUCAGAACCCCAGGCACCUUUCACAAUGAUUCACACGUGUUGUUGACACUGUUGUUAAACAUAACAUGAUCGUGUUGCCAAGGCGACAAAGCAGACAAACUGUUUUCUACACUAUUCAAUCCGCUUCUUGAAGGUUUAAGUAGAUUUUUGAAAAGGUAGACAUACAGUAUAAGGAUGGUGACUAUAAACAAAUUGUUUUCUUCUUUUCGACCAAAGAAGAUUUAAAGAAGACUUAAUUUGAUUUCUGAUGAUUAUAGCAAUUAUAAGGAUGGUCAGUUGGUAUUGCCAUAAUUUAUCAUUGGAAAUGUAAAUUAGCCACACAAAAAAAACAUGUCCCCCUCUCUCUUUUCAUGGAUAUUGAUUUCUUAAUGACCAUGAGUAAUGAUUAGAUUAAUAAAUAUGGAUUAGAUGGCAUCAUGGCAGUGUAAACUGCAAUGUUACAUAGUUAAGUAGUUUUCACCUUUGUGUGGUUGUAUAAUGAAGUUGAAAGCACUUCAUAUUCUCUAACCUAUGUGUUUUGAUUUAUCUGAAAACAUAUUUGAAUUCAACGAAGAAACACUGAAAUAUGUGGGUAUUAUGGAUUAUACACACAUAUGAAAUUAAUCAACCUCAUGGCACUUUUGAAUUGUUUUGUUGUUGCCCAUAACGUGGUUAUAGUCCAACUAUAAAUAUAAAUCACAUUAUGUCAAAUUGUAUACGAUUUCCUUUCGACACGACAGGUUCAUAUAGAGAGGGAAUGACUCAGGUUAUAGAUGUACGUGAACAUAGCUUUUUUUAUUGAUGUUGAGGAGAGGACAGGGAUGAGUGCCGCUAUGAUGAGUCUGUCAGAGAGGCAAUCGAGAGGUGUUUUUUAAUCAAGGCAUUCAGCAAACAGUAAUCCUUCACACACCCAACCUGGACUGGACCCGGAUUAUGAAGAACGGAUUUCACAAAGUGAAUCAUUGAGAAUUAUUUUGACAAAGUGCUACAGCCAACAUAGUCAGUCAGAUUCAGAACAUGUGGUUGUGUGAAAAUGUCUACACCUGGUCCUGCACUCACUGGAAGAUAUUGCUCUAAAUACAAUUCACUGAAAUGAAUGAAACCCUUUCUGUAAUGACAUUUUUUUUUCUGCUAAUCUUGAUGAUGUAAAUAAAGGUUGGCAUCCAAUUGAACAAAAGGGGAAUAAUGAAUAUGGGCGUUUACUUGAGGGAUUACUUAGAAGAAUUAGGACAUCCAUUCAUUUGAUGCGUUCCACAGAGAAUACAUAGUUGAUAACCUCAUGCUCUCUUUACCAAGUUCAAUAGCGACGAACAAUAUUGACCCAUGAUUAAAAAGAUGCUGUCUCUGUUAUGUCAGUGUAAAAAUGAUGACCAUAAAUACCACAUUGCAAGCAGAUUCUAAUAUGUCCCAAAGCACUUAGAAAAGCCUCUUUAAACUGUGUCCAUCCACUCUAAAGUCAAAAUCGAUUUGAAAAUAUUGUAGUCUGUCAACUAAUCCAAAAACAUAUUUUGAAAGGCCACCAUGACCACCAUUCCCUUCAGUUUCACUAAGUAUAAGGCUUCAGAGGACAACAUGAAAUGGGGUGUGAGGAAGAGCAUAACAAGUUGGUUAUCUGACAUAAGUGUAGAAAGUGGUGCUGUAGAUGCUAUGCAAAGAAAGUUGAAGAGGCACUGUGUUGUGCUUUACAUAUAAUCUAGAUCUCUUUCACACACUCUUGGCUUGGAACACUUCAAAACAAGAGAUUGAUGUGGUGGCUUUUAUUUUUUUGCAAAUGAUAGCUGUUUUAUUAACAAAUAUAUAGUGUACUACUUAAUAAAUAAAAUGUUUUAUAACAUGGGGCUGAUUUGAGAUAAUAGAUACAUUGUUUGACAGUAAAGUCAGAG